AUGGGCGGCAGCUCCUCGCAGCCAGAGCUGCCAGCGCUGCCGCAGCAGCACAUCGUCAACGUCUCGGACGGCCAGGCUCAUCCUGCCCCGGGCAUCGAAAGGCAGCAGAUUGGCACCACCAAGCAGGCCAAAGCGGUGCGGCCGGGGCUGUCGCUGCUGCGGGGCACCUUGCGCCUGGAGAAUUCGCAGCUCCAGGUGGAGGUCGUCGCCAACGUCGCAGGCGCGGUGGAGCUGCUGAUGCCGUGUGUGGAGACCCCCGGCGAGCGCCCCUGGCCGAAGAUCUCCGCAGCCCCCACCGGUGCCGUGGUGCGGAGGAUGAGCAUCGCUGCCUCGGGCAAGUCAGAGCUUUCCUUCGACUGCGCCGGCAUUAGCCUUGCCAGCUUGAGGAAAGUGGGCAAUCACCACAGCACCACCUGGCCCGCGGUGCUGGUGCUGCGCCCCGGGGAGACCGCGGGCGCGCUGGCGCAGCAGCCGCCGGACGGCACCACGCUGGCCUUCUGCGCCUCGGGAGCGAAGACCCGGAAGUGCUGCGAGCCAACGCCUAGGACAUUGCACUAG